UUGGUGUCACCGGGAGGAGUUUGGGGUGUCGGGGGUGUCACCGGGGGGUUCUGGGAGUGUCACCGGGGGAUUUGGUGUUCCGGAGGUGUCACUGAGGCUUUGGGGUUUGGGGGUCACCGGGGUGUUUUGGGGGCUCGGGGCCGUGCGCGCUCCCGGUUCUGCCCUCGCGUGUGCGCGCCCUGGGGGCGGGGCCGCGGAGCCGCCCCCGCUGCGCGCUGAUUGGCCGAGGAAAGCUAUUAUGCAAAUAAUUCAACUGGGGGGUGUGGCUUAGGGCAAAGGGGCGGGGUAUAGGCCCAGUUUGUUGUUAUGGGGCGGGGCCAGGGGCGUGGCUCCCGCGGAGGGGGCGGGGCCUGCCCGGCUGCACGUGGGCGCUAUAAAUCCCCGGCCCGGGGCCCCCCCCGCAGUCGAGGCUCGGCCCCGCGCCCCCCCGAGCCCCGCAGGGUCCCCCCGUGUCUCCCCGAGCCCUGCCGUGUCCCCCCGGUGUCCCCGCCGCCUCCAGCACCGCCCUCCCGCAUCCCCCGGUGCCACCGCUGCCCUCCCCGCGUGCCCCCCCGUGCCACCCGAGCCCCGGUGCCUCGCCAUGUCCCCCGGCCUGCGCCUGCCCGCCCGGGUCGCCCUGCUGCCCCGCUCCCCGCCCGAGCCGGGGGUCCCCCGGCCUCCCCCGGUGCCCCCCGCUGCCUCUCCGCCGCCCCGCACCGCCCGGGACCCCCCGGAGCCCUCUCGGCCCCGGGGCCUGGCGGAGAUGCCGGGGCCGAGCUCCGCCGCCUUCAUCUUCGAGCUGCUGUGCCGGGGAGGGGUGCGGAAGCUGCACGAGAUGCAGGUCCACGGCCUGUCCCGGUUCGGCCCGGUGUGGCGGGCCCGCUUCGGCCCGGUGCUCACGGUUCACGUGGCCGAGCCCGCGCUCGUGGCCCAGGUGCUGCGGCAGGAGGGCCCCGAGCCCCGGCGCGCCCUCAGCUGCCCCUGGAAGCAGCACCGGGACCUGCGGGGGGUCCCGGGGGGGCUCCUGACCCUGGAGGGCGAGGCGUGGCGGGGGUCGCGGCGGGUGCUGGCGCGGGGGCUGCUCCGCCCGGGGGCCGCCGAGGCCUUCGCGGGCCCGGUGGCCGCGGCCGUGGCCGAGCUGGUGGCGCGGCUGCAGCGGCUGCGGCGGCGACACCCGCGGGGCAUCGUCCGCGACAUCGGCACCGAGUUCAACCGCUUCGGCCUCGAGGCCAUCUCCUGGGUGCUGUUCUCCUCCCGCCUGGGCUGCCUGGGGGACACUGGGGACACCGGGGACGCCCCUGCGGCCACCGAGGCCGUGCUCCGGAGCGUGGGGACGGUGCUGGCGCUGACGCUGGUGACAAUGGCGCUGCCACGUCCCCUCCUGCGCCUCGUCCCCGCGCCCUGGGACGCCUUCUGCCACGCCUGGGACCAGCUCUUCGCCUUCGCCAAGGGACACGUGGACCGGCGUGUGGCCGAGGUGGCAGCGCGGGGGCCGCUGGCCGAGGGGGACACGUGUGUCACCGACCUGCUGGCCCGGGAGCACGUCCCUGUCGCCAGCAUCUACGGGAACGUCACCGAGCUGCUGCUGGCCGGGGUGGACACGGUGGCCAGCACGCUGGCCUGGAGCCUGUACGAGCUGGCACAGAACCCGGGGGCACAGGCGGCCCUGCACCGCCAGCUGGUGGCUGCCACCGCCACCAGCGGGGCCACCAGCGGUGACAGUGCCACCACCGACGGUGCCACCGCUGCUGCCACCGCCGCUGCGCUGGGACGGCUGCCACUGCUGCGUGCUGUGGUGAAGGAGACCCUGAGGCUGUACCCCGUCAUCCCGGCCAACGCCCGCGUCAUCCCCGAGUGCGACAUCCGCGUCGGCGACUACCUGGUGCCACGCCAGACCCUCAUCACCCUGUGCCAUUACGCCACGUCCCGUGACAGCCGCUUCUUCCCGGCGCCCAACGCCUUCCGCCCGGAGCGCUGGCUGCGCCACAGGGACACCGGGAACACUGCUGGGGACACUGGGGAAACCGCUGGGGACACCGCUGGGGACACCCCCGGGGACCCCCCCGGCCCCAGGCACCCCUUUGCCUCUCUGCCCUUCGGCCUCGGCCCGCGCAGCUGCGUCGGGCGCCGCCUGGCCGAGCUGCAGCUGCACAUGGCGCUGGCACAGAUCCUGCUGCGCUUUGAGGUGCGGCCGGAGCCCGGGGGGGGCCGCGUGCGCCCCAUGACCCGCACCCUGCUGGCCCCCGGCGCCCCCAUCAGCCUGCGCUUCCUGGAGCGGUGACAGCGGGGACAUGGGGACAUGGUGGGGACAUGGGGACACCAGAGACUCUGGAGACAAGGGGACUGGGGACACCCAGGACACUGGGGACACCAGAGGUGCUGGAGCUACAUGGGGACACCAGGGACACUGAGGACACUACAGACACUGGAGACAUGAGGACACUGGGGACACCAGAGAUUCCAGAGACAAGGAGACACUGGGAACACCAGGAACACCAGGGACACUGAGGACAGUGAGGACACCAGAGACUCUGGAGACAAGGGGACACUGGUGACAUUGGGGACAGUGCAGAGACCUUGACCGCAGUGGUGACUUCACCACCAGGAAUGGCACUGACCCCAGGGGUGGCCUUGACACUGCAGUGUCCCCAGUGUCAUCGCAGCCCUGGACCUCGUGGUGGCCCUGACCCUGUGGGUGACUCCAGCACUGUGGUGACCCCAGCCCAGAGGUGGCCCUGACCCCUCGGUGACAUUGGCCGUGGUGGCAGUAGCCCCCACCCCAUGGCGCUCCAGUAGUGUCACACGCCCUGUGCUGGCCUUGUCCCCAUGGUGUCCCCAACCCUGUGGGAGCCUCAGCCUGGGUGGUGGCCGUGACUCCCUGGAGGUGGCCUUGUCCCCACGGUGUCCCCAUCCCUGCAGUGUCCCCCGGGGGGGGGUUGGGGUUUAUUUAUUUGCCAAUAAAGCGAUUUUGGG